AUGUUAGAUGGUUUGAACUCUGGACAUUCAUCCUUCUCUUCUCGCGGUGACGGCAGGCAAACACCUGACCACGAACUUGCCAUGCAUGCUACACCAUCGGACCAAGGGACUCGUAGAGGCAAGCUAAAAAGGACAACAGACAUGGAAGUGAUGAAGGAAAGAUUCGCAAGACUGCUGCUUGGAGAGGACAUGUCAGGCGGUAAAGAAGGCGUGUCAUCCGCGUUAGCUUUGUCAAAUGCCAUCACCCAUCUUGCUGAUUCGAUGUUUGGUGAGCAGAUGAAAUUGCAGCCUAUGUAUCCUGAGACUAAAGAGAUUUGGAGGAAAGAGCUGGACUGGUUAUUAUCUGUUGUUGAUCAUAUUGUCGAGUUUGUUCCUUCAAAACAAAUGACCAAAAAUGGGGCAUUCACUGAGAUCAUGGUGACAAAACAAAGAGAUGAUCUGCUGAUGAAUCUUCCAGCCUUGCGCCAGCUUGACUCAGUUCUUCUCGAGACUUUGGACAACUUCAAGGAUCAGAAAGACUUUUGGUAUGUCCCAAGAGAUGUUGAUGAAAUAGAGAACAAUGGAGACUGGAGGAGAGAUGAGAACUGGUGGUUACCAGUUGUUAAGGUUCCAUCGGAUGGUCUAUCUGAGGAAUCACGUAAACUAUUGCAUAGUCAGAAAGAUUCUGUGUCACAGGUCCUUAAAGCCGCCUCAGCCAUCAAUUCAGUAGUCUUGUCGGAAAUGCACAUUCCUGACAACUACAUUGACUCUCUUCCAAAGAAUGGGAAGACGAGCUUGGGAGAUUUCCUUUACAAGAACAUAACCGAUGAGUACUUUGAUCCUGACUACUUCAUCUCUUUCUUGGAGUUGUCAACGGAAUACAAAGUUCUUGAUCUAAAGAACAGGAUUGAGGCUUCCAUGGUGAUAUGGAAGAGGAAGAUGAACCAGAAAGAGAAAGAUGGGAAGUCACAGUGGGGAUCCUCUGUUAGCUUAGAGAAGAGGGAGCUUUUUGAGGUCCGAGCUGAGACCAUUUUGGUUAUGCUCAAGCAGCAAUUCCCUAGGAUCCCACAAUCCUCACUUGAAAUCUCCAAGGUCAAAAACAAUAAGGACGUGGGACAAGCUAUUUUGGAGAGCUAUUCAAGGGUAUUAGAAAAUCUGGCAUUGAAGAUAUUGUCAAGAAUAGAGGAUGUUCUUGAAGCUGAUUUGUUAGCUCAAAGACAAGUGAUGGCAGAGGCAGAGAGGAGAUUAGAAAGCGAGGCGGCAUAUGAAUAUGAAGAUGCCGAAAAGGUGGUAUCAGCAGAAACACCAAACUCGAGGAAACUAUCAGACUUCAUAGGGUGGAGAUUGUCUUCAGAAAAGAAGCAUAGUUCGAUGAGUGAUAUCGAGUUCUUUUACAGAGCUGAGCAGGAGAAGCCGAUGAUGAAGUCUCCAAGAGCUCUACCGAAGAAACUUUCAUAUCUAUCGAAGUUAGAGAACAUGAGAAGCCCGAGUGAUAGACACUGA